UACAUCAACUGUAAAUGAAAAUAAAUUAUUUAGAUAGUCCGUAAGAAAUGGCGUGAUGAUGUGGGGGUGGACUCGUGAUCAUCGGAUAGUGGGUAAAGAAAUCAUGACUUAUACCCGUACAUAUACAUAUAUAUAUUUAUAUUUAUAUAUAUGAAAUUUGAUUUGGAGCACAUGUCCCAAAAUCCCAUAUUUUGAGGAUGAAGUCAUCGACUACGACUCAUAACUAAAUAGUGUUUAUUUGCUUAACUUAUGAAGCAUGAAUGAUUAUUCUCAUUGCUUCACACAUUAUAAUUCCUACCUUCUUCCUACAUCACAAACUUCUUACACUUCCUUUUCUACACAAAAAAAAAAACAUAUGACUCUCUUUUAUCCCCUUCUUCCUUCCCAAUCUCUAUAUAUUUUCUUUCUGUCCGUCGUCGCCGUCGUCGCUCUUUCCUUCCUGAGGAAAUUCGAAAUCGACAUGUCCGAAGGAAACAUGUUCGCCGCCGACUGCAUUGUCCUAUGCUGCUGCUGCCAAUGUCUCAUCCUCCAAAUCCUCAUCGUCCUAAUCCUUAAACUCCCAAACAAGCUCGUGAAGAAGACGAAAGAAUACGCCAAGAAAUUCAAGGCCCGGAGGAGGAAGACGAAGACGACGAGGAUAAUGAAUACGUCAGUUAAAAGUAGCGUAGAGAUAAUAAACAAAGAAGACGUGUACAGCCUUGGGAAUUCCUUCGACUCGAUCUCGAUCUCGCUCGACUCCCUCCAGUUUGGCUCCAUGGAUGAAAUUGUAAAAGUUCUCGAGGAACUCUCCGGGAGGGGCGAGUUCGCCUUCGGAAGCUUCUGGAACGGCGGCGACCUCUCCGCUUCGCAACGCCUUCGAUCGUGCCCCGCCGAGAUCGACUAUGGCGACGUCGGGAUUCGACUUAUUGAGCUCUUUGGAUCUGCUAGCUUCUCACUACCGAAAAAUUGAUUUUUUUUGUAGCGGUCAAAAAUUCGUGAAAGAAACUCAAUUUUCGUCCUUUGCAUCGACUUUGUUACGGAUUUUGACUGCUAAAAAAAAAAAAAAAAAAAAGAUUUGUAAAUAACACUCUUUUCCAGGUAGAAGGCACUUUGAUCUUUCCUUUACUUGCACACAUUGCUUCCAUACGCCUAACA